AUGGCAGGCUGUCGGAUAGAGUUGAUCACAGCAUGUUCCAACAUCACACUGUCCGUCUCUGCCCUGUACACAGCAUAUCAGCUCUUCAAGGACCACAGAGCUCCAGCAGUGGGCUUCUUUCUCCUCACCCUGACUGUUCCCUCAUCUCCCUCUUCCUCUCGUAGGACCACAGAGCUCCAGCAGACCACAGAGCUCCAGCAGUGGGCAGACCACAGAGCUCCAGCAGUGGGCUUCUUUCUCCUCACCCUGACUGUUCCCUCAUCUCCCUCUUCCUCUCGUAGGACCACAGAGCUCCAGCAGACCACAGAGCUCCAGCAGACCACAGAGCUCCAGCGGAGGACCUGGAAGUGGGCCGGCGAGGUCCUGGCUCCACCGCUAGUCUCCUUCGGCUUCCUGUGGCUCAGCGAAGACCGCACCACAGCCAACACCCUCCUUAUUGGCUCAGCUCUCCUCCCGGUGCUCUGCGAUUGGCUGUCAGCGGACGAGUUGAUGCUGAUGUCACGCUGUCUGGCGCUCUCUGCCGUCUCCUGCUCGCUCACUGUGUGUCUGUUUGCGGGAAAUGCUGUCGGGGCCCUGGGCAGUGUGGCCCUCAGCCUGCCCCAAAUGGUGGCCCCCAGGGUGGGGGUCAAGACUCUGGCUCCCCUUGUCUCUCCAGGGGCCACUGUGGGACUGCUUAAGUGGCUCCUGAAGGGCUCCAUGGCUGUAGGGUGCUGGGCCUCUGAGAAGGCACUUAGCAAGUACCUGUUGGAACUGAAGGACCUGGACUCCCCAUUUUAACUUGCUACCACUGUAACUCAGGGUUUCCCCAAACUCAGUCCUCAGGACCCCGGGGUUUCCUUUCUUUCCUAAGCACUACACCGCUUAUUCAAAUAAUCAACUAAUCAUCAAGCUUUGUAGUGUUUGGGCAAAAACCAAAAGGUGCACCCCUUGGAGUCCCGAGCAUGGAGUUUGGGAAACUGUAACAUCACUGUAACAGUUACUGACUGUCUGAACAGUUCAAUAGUCCCUCACACAUGAUCAUGACUGAUUGUUAAGUUGAUGUGGUCUCAUGAUGUGCACAUAGAGCUGCUGACAGAAGAGAACCAGAUGGAGGGUCUAUUUAUUUUGUCCUGCAGGGCCUUGCCUCAUAGAAGUAGAACGAAUAGAACGGUCUGGAACCUCUGACCAUGGCGAUUUGACUGGUAAAGUAAUGGGUGCACUCAAAAUGAGCACGCUUGUUCUACGUAUUCUAGCACUGUGGCUUGCCUUUGAUCUGUAGCCAAUAACCUUUCCAAUUCCUACUGGCCAAUGACCUUUCCAAUUCCUAUUGGCCAAUGAGCUUUCCAAUUCCUACUGGCCAAUGACCUUUCCAAUUCCUACUGGCCAAUAACCUUUCCAAUUCCUACUGGCCAAUGACCUUUCCAAUUCCUACUGGCCAAUGACCUUUCCAAUUCCUACUGGCCAAUGACCUUUCCAAUUCCUACUGGCCAAUGACCUUUCCAAUUCCUACUGGCCAAUGACCUUUCCAAUUCCUACUGGCCAAUGACCUUUCCAAUUCCUACUGGCCAAUGACCUUUCCAAUUCCUACUGGCCAAUGACCUUUCCAAUUCCUACUGGCCAAUGACCUUUCCAAUUCCUACUGGCCAAUGACCUUUCCAAGAGAUUAUCCUUAUAAGGAUGCCAUUCUGCCAAUUUGGAGGUGACAUGAUCCACCAUUGGGACAGAUGGCUGUUGCCAGUGUAUGAGCACUGUCAAGGACGUUGUUCUACUUGUUCAGCUUAUCGUCAUGGCCAGGGAGCUCUGCUCUGUUAUCCAAGUACUGUCAUCUAUGCAAGUCGAAGAAGCACUGGUGUCUAAUUCUAAAAAUGUAAACAUUAUUGAUGAUAUUAGUAACAGCGGUUAAUAAUAUUUUAUGUGCUAAAAUAUUGAUUUGCUAAAGUAUCAACAAAAGGAGUAGUGCUUGGAUCUAACGCUUGUAUGUACUGAUUGUCAUGGGUCACUAAUACUCCCAACCUCUUCCACUCCGCAUGUUAGAAAGUCUAACUCAUCUCUGGAUGUUGAUUUACAGGACAGUGUCAUUACCAAUUGGCUAUAAAAGAUUCUAUCUGCUUACUCUGUGAAAAUAUCCUCCCAACGGUGGCUCUAUGAGGAGGAUGGAAGUGCCUUCCAGACAUUUAAUACUGUCUAUGUCUAUGAGGGUGCCUCCCAAAUAUCACCCUAUUCCCUAUGUAGUGCACUACUUUUAAUCAGAGCCCAUUUU